CUGGAAAAAUAUUUCUUUUGGACAAUGGAGUUAACAGCAACAUUUUCUUGUCUUCGCUGUCUGGAAUGUAGAGAAGAUUAACUAAGCUUGGAUAACUUUCCAAAGGAGCUGAUGAUUUACAUCUGCAAUUUUACACAGAUGACAGAAACAGCAUUAAAUUAUUCUCUGAAAAUAGUGACUCAACUGAACACAAACACAUUCAUGGAAAUGAAACAAACAAUGUCUUUGUGAUAUAAAUGACAAAUUAUUCUCUCAUAAUGAAUCAUUUAACUAAACGAAAAAACACUGAUACAAGAGAGAAACCUUAUCAUUGUGAUAUCUGUGGUAAAUCAUUCCCUCAUAAUAGUAAGUUAACUAGGCACAGACGUACACAUACAGGAGAGAAACCAUAUCAUUGCAAUAUCUGUGGUGAAUCAUUCUUUGAUGCCUGUCACUUGAAAACGCACAAACAUAUUCAUACAGGAGAGAAGCUAUAUCAUUGUAAUAUCUGUGGUAAAUCAUUUUCUCAAAAUGGUGCCUUGACUAGACACAAACGUACACAUACAGGAGAAAGGCCAUAUCAUUGUGAUAUCUGUGGUAAAUCAUUCACUGAAAAUGCUCAUUUAACUAGACACAAAUGCACUCAUACAGGAGAGAAACCAUAUCACUGUAUUAUCUGUGGUAAAACAUUUUCUCAAAGGAGUGACUUGACUAACCACAACCGUACACAUACAGGACAGAAGCCAUAUUAUUGCAAAAACUGUGGUAAAUCCUUCUCCCAAGUCGGUCACUUGAAAACACAUGAACGUAUACAUACAGGUGAAAAGCCCUAUUAUUGUGAUAUCUGUGGUAAAUCAUUUUCCGAAGCCAGUAAUAUGAAACAGCACAAACGUAUUCAUACAGUCACUACACUGCGACCAUGCUGGAGCACUACUUUCAAGAAAUUUUAGUCAAAUGUAUUGACCCUAGGACUUACUUAUCUUAAACCCUGGUAUGUAUUUUAUUGGUGUCUCGUCAAACCGCUCAGUUACAGGGAUGUAAUCACAGCAACACCAAUUGUCAAGUGGUGGCUGGGUGAUAAACACACAGCGGCAUAUGUAUGUCUUCUUUUAUAUAUGCCUACCAACUCCACUCGCAAGGCUUUGGUCGAACCGAGACUAUUCUUGAAGGCACCUGCUCGAGGUGCCACACAUUGGAACUGAACUUGGAACCAUGUGGUCCAACAGCUGUUUUGAAGAAAAUGAUUCCCCACAGAUAUCACAAUAUGGCUUAUCUUCAUGAACGCAUUUGUGUUUUUCAAGUGACCGGUUUCCGAAAAUGAUUUACCACAGAUAUUACAAUAAUAUGAUCUUUCUUCAGUAUCAAUACGUUUGUGAUUAGUCAACUGACUAUUUUGAGAGAAUGAUUUACCACAGAUAAUACAAUGAUAUCACAAUAUCACACACAUAUCACAAUGAUAGGGCUUCUCUCUUGUAUACUCUUUACUCUUUUACUUGUUUCAGUCAUUUGACUGCGGCCAUGCUGGAGCACCGCCUUUAGUCGAGCAGAUCGACCCCAGGACUUAUUCUUUGGAAGCCUAGUACUUAUUCUAUCGGUCUCUUUUUGCCAAAUCGCUAAGUUACGGGGACGUAAACACACCAGCAUCGGUUGUCAAGCGAUGUUGGGGGGACAAACACAGACACACAUACCCACACAUACACAUAUAUAUAUAUAUAUACAUAUAUGUGACGGGCUUCUUUCAGUUUCCGUCGACCAAAUCCACUCACAAGGCUUUGGUUGGCCCGAGGCUAUAGUAGAAGACGCUUGCCCAAGGUGCCACGCAAUGGGACUGAACCCAGAACCAUGUGGUUGGUAAGCAAGCUACUUACCACACAACCACUCCUGCGCCUAUGGAUACGUUUGUGACUAGUUAAGGUCCUAUUUACAGAAAAUGGGUUUUUCUCCAGUAUGAAUACGUUUGUGAGUAGUCAAGAGACUGUUACAUGAGAAUGAUUUACCACAGAUAUUACAAUGAUGCCGCUUUCUCCUGCAUGAAUGCCCUGGUGUCUAGUUAAGCCAUAAAUUUGAGAGAAUCAUUUACCAUAAAUAUCGCAAAUGAUGUGGUUGCUCUCUUGUAUUCUUUCAUUCUUGUACUGGUUUCAGUUAUUUGACUGUGGCCAUGCUGGAGCACCACCUUUUGUUGAACAAAUUGACCCCAGGGCUCAUUCUUUGUAAGCCUGGUACUUAUUCUAUCAGUCUCUUUUGCCAAACUACUAGGUUACAGGGAUGUAAACACAUCAACAUUGGCUGUCAAGUGAUGAUGUGGGGACCAACAUAGACACAUACACACACACACAUAUAUAUAUAUACACAUACAUCACCGGCUUCUUUCAGUUUCCUUCUACCAAAUCCACCCACAAGGCUUUGGUCAGCCCAAGAAUAUAAUAGCAGACACUUUCCCAAGGUGCCAUUCUGUGGGACUGAACCUGGAACUAUGUGGUUGGGAAGCAAGCUUCUUACCAUGCAGCCACUUGCCACAGAUAUCACAGGUAUAUAGUUUCUCUCCAGUAUGAAUACGCUUAUGUAUAGUUAUGCUAGCUGUGUAAGAGAAAGAUUCACCACAGUUGUUGCACUGAUAUGGCUUGUCACUGGUAUGAACUUGCUCAUGUAUAGUUUACUCACGUCUACAGAAAGAUUUACUACAGAUAUCACAAUGAUAUGGCUUCUGUCUUAAAUGAAUACGUUUGUGACUAGUUAAAUUGCUGUUGGCAGGAAAUGAUUUAAUACAAAUAUCGCAAAGAUAUGGCUUCUCAUCUGAUGAAUAUGUUUGUGUCUAGUCAAGUGACUAUUUUUAGUGAAUGAUUUACCACCGAUAAUCACAGCAAUAUGGGUUUUUUUCCCCAGUAUGAAUACGUUUGUGACUAGUCAAGUGACUAUUACAAGAGAAUAAUUUUCCACAGAUAUUACGAUGAGAUGGCUUCUUUCCUGUAUGGGUACAUUUGUGUUUAGUCAAGUCUCCACUUUGGGAGAAUGUCUUACCUCAGAUAUUACAAUGAUAUGGCUUCUCCCUGUAGGAAUACAUUUGUGUGAUUUCAAGUUACUGGAUUCAGAGAAUGAUUUUCCACAGAUAUCAUUAUGAUAUAGCUUCUCUCCUGUGUGUGUACGUUUGUGUAUAGUUAAAUUACUACUUUGAGAGAGCAAUUUGCCACAGAUAUUACAGUGAUAUGGCUUCUCCCCUAUAUGAAGGUGUUUUUUGGUUUAGUUAAGUUAUUCAUUAUGGGAAAAUGUGAGAGUUAUCACUGCAAUAUCUGUGGUAAACAUUCUCUGAAAAAGAGUCACUUAUGUAAACGUGUGAGUGUUCACAUACAAGUGUAACUAUACGAAUAUCAAAAUUUAUUACAACACGACAACAAUUAUGAAUAAUUUGUCUGCUAAAAGACAAGGAUCUUUCCCUCUUCAAAUUUGACAUUAUCAACUUCAAUUUCAUCGUUGUCAACAUCAAAUUCAACAAUGUCAACUUGAAUAUCAUCUACAUAUGGAAGCGUAUGAACACAGUGAUGACUUUGGUUUCUGGAGAGGAUUGUUCUGGAUUUUUGAAGAAAUCGUUAGAAGAGAGCAAAGAAAUGGAAGUAAUGAAUAAAUGGUUAAACUGA